ACACUGCAUUUGGGAAAGGCCGGAACCCAAGGAUAUACUGUACUCAACCUUACCUUGUACUUCUAGUAGAGGUAAUUUCCACGGCUUGAACUCAUGACCUCCUGGUCACAUAACAACUUUAUCGGUUACUCCAUGGCUCCCUCCUAAGAACAAGGUAAUUAAGGGCAAAUCCCUCUAAGUUGUACUUCCUAUAUUCUUGAUUUCUUCCCCUAUAAAUACCCUUCCAGUCUUACUCUUUCCCAUCAAACAUUAAAUAUUCAUCUCUUCAAUCUUUUGUAUUCACAAAUAUUCUAUUUGUUAACAAACUAAGAAGCACAUAUAUAAUUUACAAAAAGAUGGAGAACUUCCCAAUUAUCAACUUGGAAAAGCUCAAUGGAGAUGAGAGAUCCACCACCAUGGAAAUGAUCAAAGAUGCAUGUGAGAAUUGGGGCUUCUUUGAGUUGGUGAACCAUGGGAUUCCACAUGAAGUAAUGGACACAGUGGAGAAAUUGACAAAGGGACAUUACAAGAAGUGCAUGGAACAGAGGUUCAAGGAAUUGGUGGCCAGCAAGGGACUUGAUGCUGUGCAAGCUGAGGUUACUGAUUUGGAUUGGGAAAGCACUUUCUUUUUGCGCCAUCGUCCUGUUUCUAACAUUGCUGAUGUACCUGAUCUUGAUGACGAAUACAGAGAGGUCAUGAGAGAUUUUGCAAAAAGAUUGGAGAAGUUAGCUGAGGAGUUACUGGACUUACUCUGUGAAAAUCUUGGGCUUGAAAAGGGUUACUUGAAAAAGGCCUUUUAUGGAUCAAAAGGUCCCAAUUUCGGAACCAAGGUGAGCAACUAUCCACCAUGCCCCAAGCCUGAUUUGAUCAAGGGACUCCGCGCCCACACAGAUGCUGGUGGCAUCAUACUUCUCUUCCAAGAUGACGAAGUGAGUGGCCUUCAACUCCUCAAAGACGAACAAUGGAUCGAUGUCCCUCCCAUGCGCUACUCUAUUGUGGUUAACCUCGGCGACCAACUUGAGGUGAUCACCAACGGGAAGUAUAAGAGCGUUAUGCACAGAGUGAUUGCACAAACAAACGGGACUCGCAUGUCACUUGCUUCAUUUUAUAAUCCAGGAAACGAUGCAGUGAUCUAUCCAGCACCAGCUUUGAUCGAAAAAGAGGAAGAGGAAAGCAAGCAAGUGUACCCAAAGUUCGUGUUUGAUGACUACAUGAAGUUAUAUGCUGGACUCAAGUUUCAGGCCAAAGAACCAAGGUUCGAAGCCAUGAAAGCCAUGGAAGCUGAUGUGAAAGUUGAUCCAAUUGCAAGUGCUUAAUUUCCAAUUCACAAAGAAGAAAAGAAAAUGAUUCUGUUCUUUAAGUUUCACAAACCCAACUAAAAACAUUAUUUGCUUCUAUAGGGUCACAGAAUCAUAUAAAAGAUGGUGUUGCUCUACUGUGUGGUGGUAUAAAGAGUCCUAAGUUUGUGUCUAAAAAUAAUACUAGUAGUAUGAUAAAUCAAAGUUACUUUCAAGUGUGAUUUUUAUACAAAUAAAAUAAUUGGCAGUCCCCUAUUCCUCUUUUCAUGAAA